AGGCACGCAAGUUGCGCAGCUGCCUAUGACGCCAUGGCGCUGGGCGAGGGCUUGCUUUGCCGGGCGCUGCUGGAGCAGAUUUCCCAAGCUCUGGAAAGUUCAGGGGAGUCCUUUGUGCGCCAAUCAGGUUAUGUCUACCAGUUCCAUCUCCGCGACUGCGGACACCAGGGCCUUUUUGUCUUGGACCUGAAGCAUGGCUCGGGGUCCCUGCGGCCUGGCCACGAUGCCACGGCGGACUGUACCUUCAGUAUGUUGGACGAGGAUCUUGUGGCCAUGGGCAAGGGCACGCUGGAUGCGUUUACUGCGAUGCGCAAGGGGCGCCUUGAAAUCAGAGGCGACCAGUUGGCCGCUCACGUUCUGUCGGAGGUGAUGCAGCGUGUGGGAAAGAGGCAGAAGGCGCCCAAAUCCGAGCCUGUGAACUGGGAGCACGUGCGGAUGUGGCGCAUCGGCGCAAUUGCCGGGUGCUUCGUCGUGUUCGUGCUGGUCAUCAUCUUGAUCAACCCUUUCGAAGUGAAGAGGUCCAGCGGAGGGCCCCGGGAGCUGGAGCAAGUCGCCCACUUCGGGGACGGCAAUCUGCACAGGAUCGGCAACGGCGUGGUUUACAAGCUCCAGGCCUUCACUGGUCGAGCUUUCCGGCAGCUGUUGCAAACUCCCCAGGCCUUCCGUGUGGAGCCCUCGGACAUUUUUCUGGUGGGUGCUUUAGGCAGCGGCACCACCUGGCUGAGCCACAUGCUUCACGGCCUGCGGUCCGGAGGAAGCAUGGACUUCCAGGACCUCCAGGAGGUCGUACCCUGGUACGAGUCCCUGGGCACCGCUGGGGAGAUCAAGGCGGCCAAGCCGAGGCUCUUCAAGUCCCACAGGACGCACCAGGUGCUGCCCUCUGGCAUGCGCUUGAUCGUGCUGCUGCGGGACCCGUUUCAGAUCAUGCAAUCUCAGUACCAGCUCUUUUGCAACAGCACCUGGUCAACGCUAGCAGGAAUGAAGCCGGCGGAGAUGCAUCCCUUGCUUUUCGCCCCCGCCAUCUUUGCUCACGUGCGAACCAAUGACGUUUGGUACCACUUUCUCUCCUGGUACAAGUGCUGCUGGACGGACCCACAGGUUCUUUGGAUCACCUACGAGGACUUCGUGGACGAUCCCCAGCGCCAGAUCCAGAAGUUGGCAGACUUCUUGCCGGAGCAUCCAGGAGCGGAGACCAUCAAGAAGGUUGUCCAGCAGAGCAGCAGGCACUUCAUGAUGCAGCAUACUUCGAAGUUCGAUUAUCACAGCUUGCUGGAAAAGGUGGAGCUCUUUCGAAAGGAAGGUUCGCCAGCCAGCAUGCCCCGUGUGUUGGACGAUACGUCGUUUGAGGUGGACCCCAAAGUCAAAGAGCUGCUAGACGUGCGGUGGGAGAGGAUCGUGGCACCUGCCACCGGCUUCGCCACGUACGGGGAGAUGCGCCGCGCCGUGGCUGCGCGCAGCGCGUGGAGAGCCGAAGGAGUCCUGGACCUGUCUCCGCAUGCAGGAGUUUCGCAUUCGCUGAUUGCAUCGCUUCUGCUGAUGGCGUUGCUGGUCGCCUUUGUGGGCUUGCAGCCCAGGCUUGCCCGAUCGCUGGCGCUGAGGUUUUCUAUCAUGGCACGCGCACGUGCCAGACAGAUCAUGCGCCACUUCUCGGACUCGAAGAAAGCUGACCCAGAGAUCUACGCCGCGCGGACUGGCUCCGGGUUUGUUGUGUGAAUCGUCUUGCAACGUCCAAGACACCCAAGCAGAACGACAGCGCCCUAAGGAGUUGGCU